AGCGAUGGGCGCCUCUUCCCUGCCCGCCGCCUGGCAGCUCUACCUGCGGGACCGGCGGGUCGCCACGUUCAAGAACUGGCCGUUCCUCGAGGGCUGCGCAUGCACCCCGGAGCGGAUGGCCGACGCCGGCUUCAUCCACUGCCCGACCGAGAACGAGCCCGACCUGGCCCAGUGCUUCUUCUGCUUCAAGGAGCUCGAAGGCUGGGAGCCAGACGACGACCCCCUAGAGGAGCAUAGGAAGCAUUCUGCAGGCUGUGCCUUCCUGGGCGUCAAGAAGCCCUUUGAAGACUUGACCCUCAGUGAAUUUCUGAAGUUGGACAAAGAAAGAGCCAAGAACAAAAUUGCCAAGGAUGCCAGCAAUAAACAGAAAGAAUUUGAAGAAACCGCGAAGAGGGUCCGUGAUUCCAUCCAGCAACUGGCAGCAAUGGACUGAGCCCCUGCCUGCUGCCCGUGACUUGGCUUUGGCACUGCAGACUGUCCCUGGAUGAUAGGGACACUGAGAGCAAGUGGUCCCCUUGACCCCUCAGGAUGCAUUUGGGUGUCUGGGCUUGGCCCGAGAGCCCUUAGACAGGGUGCUAGAGAAUGGGGCCCUUAAAGUCUUAUUUGCUUCUGAUCUAAGUGCUUCAUGUUCCUUUGUG